AUGGUGGUAAAGCAGAAGUUCAAAUUACAUUAUCAUUCUCGUAAUGAUUCACGAGGUUUCGUUACUGAAGAUGUAAUAAUUAGCUCAAGAGGAGGCCAUAAUAUUAAUAUUGGAGAUGUUAUUGAAGUUUAUCAUCCUGAAGAUGCACAUCAUGCUCUUUUCUUGGUUACAACUUUCAGUGAUGAUUUGCAAAAUCGUGAUGUCAUUAGUGUAGAACAAAGUCUUGCACAUACAUUUAAAUUGCAACAACAUAAAAAUGUGAUUGUAAAUGUGAUAAAUAAAGAAACUAUUUCACUGGAUUUAGUUGAAUUAUACUUUCGAGAUCAAUACUUCAGUCGAAGAGAUUUCUGCAAUAUUACACAGAAAUUGAUUGGUACUGUUGUACAUGUGAAUAAAAAGCUCACUUGUAAUGAAACAAGAACACAGGUUGGUGAUUUAUGGCGCCUUGGUGAAAGAUAUUCUUGUGGAUAUAUAGAUUCAAAAACUAAAAUUAUUUUUCGUUCUUCCACAGCAGUUAUACACAUUUUCAUACAAAUGAGUCAAGAAAUGUGGUGGUUCGAUAAUAAUGGUGAUCUUUACCUAGAGAAAGCUUUCAAAUUUUUAUCAAAAUUGUUUUUAAAAUUUUGGCCUGAAAAUAAUUGUAAUCAUGAUACAACUGUUGUAUUCUUUACUCGUAUCUAUAUUGAUGAUGUACCUUCUGAAUACUCUCAGUCGUUUAAACAAGAUGCCUUAAGUAGAUAUUAUGAAGAUUUUUACAGAGUGAUUAUACAAAAUGAACGUUUUACAACAGAUGAUUGGAAACGAGAACUUGGUCGAAUGCAAUAUGAAGUACUUCAAUUCGAAAAUAAUAUUUAUUCUUAUUUACGCAAUACUUAUCCAUUAAUUAAUAAGAACUCAAAUAAAACAAAGUUAAAUAUAUGUACAGCUAUGGAUGCUAAUCUCUUGGAAGUAUUGAAUAUGGCUAUCAAUCUUUAUUCGGGAUAUAAUAUUGAUCGAAAUUUUGAUCGUACUGGUAAACUUCUAUUUGUAAUUACACCAGGUUCUGGUGUCUAUCAUGUCAAUGAAAAUCUUUUAUUGUUAACAAAAAAACGAGUUCUUGAUUUAGGUGUUGGAGUAGAUUUAAUCUGUUUGGCAGAACAACCUCUUCAUGCAGUUCCAUUGUUUAAAAUUUUAUCUGAAUCUUUUAUAAAUCCAGAAGAAUAUGUUGCACCUCAUUGGAUUAAUUGCAGCUAUUUUAAAUCAGCACAAGAAUUGAAAUAUAUUGAAAUGGGCAAACCAUUUCCACGAGUUAAAGUUGUUUCUUUUAAACAUUCAAAUGAGAUACCCAUUUCGACAUUUAUCAGUGAUCUACCAAGAGAUGAUCAUGAACCUGAUAAUCAGCAAAAGAACGUCGCAAAGGAAAAUUUUGAUGAUACUAUUCCUACGUCUACAUCUAUUACUAUCACUAAGUCAUCUCUUCCUAUCUACCGUAUCGCCUAUCCACCAUAUCAAUCACCAUCUAACCAAAACAAACGUAAAAAAUCACAUCAACUACCGAAUGAAGUAAUCAGUGGGAAUAUAACAAAAUCUCACGAUUCCAUAACAAGUGAUUAUUGUUCACCAUCAACUGUUCGACAUCAGCUGGAUGAUAAUCCUUCAAAUAUGAUAUCAUCUAUAACAGAUCAGUCAUCUUCCGUAGAAUCAAAUCUUAUACCUAUUUGUUGCUUGAAUUAUACAACACAAAUUUCAAAGAAUGCAAUAACAGCUAUUUGCAAAUCUAAACAAAUUGUUUCAACAUCAUCAUCAUCAUAUAGGAAUUUAUCACGAAGUUAUGAUUCGUAUAUCACGUCUAAUGGUUCUAUAACUCCUCUAGUUAGUUCAACUAAUGUUAGCGGUAUCGGCUUUGGUAUUACCAGUCAUAGUCAGAUUGUUAAUAUAGAUAAAUACCAACCAACUAAUCAUAUACAUACGUCAUUGUCACGUGUCUCAUCUAUUGGUGGUAGUAAUAACAGUGGUAGCGGUAGUAUUAGUGGUUAUACAACAAUUACCUCGCUCCCAUCGGUUCGUGAACGCUGUAUAGAAAAUGGUCAAUUAAUAACUGAUAAAAAUCAGAUUUUAUCAAUUCCAGUGACAUCUCGGAAUGCAAGAAAUCGAACACAAAGUUUUAAUGGAGAACAAAGAACAAAAUUAUCAUAUAUCGAUAAUCAUGCCAAUUUCAGAGAGAUUCCUAAUUCUGUGAAUGAGGCUAAUUAUAAUGUAAAUAGUGCUGAAGUUGCAUAUCUACAUGAAAAUGCUAUUUCUCGUUGUCGAACAAUGGAUGUUAUUUUAUCAGAUGGACAACCAUCUCCAAGUUCAUGGAAUAGCAUCACUCCUCAACAUUUUACACUACGUAGUUGUAAUUCAAUAGAUCGUCGUACUAAUGAAAAUCAACAAUUACAUUAUAUUCAGCAAUAA